AUGGCUGCCUCUUCAACCUUGACCGUGCCGCUGCCAGUGGACCUGAGACCGAAGCGGACUGUCUUCAAUAUAUGGCAGCAUCUUCCUCGCGAAAUCAAGAUCCAGGUGUUGGCCUUCCUACAGCCCAGAGACCUCGUCCUGGCGUCGGCUGUAAGCAGGGAAUUCCACGACCUCUGCCACGACGGCCAGCUGUGGACUUCGUUCGAUGCUUCCGAAUUCUACCAGGAUAUACCGGCCGAAUCUCUGGCCAAGAUUAUUGUUGCUGCCGGGCCAUUCAUCAAGGACCUCAACUUGCGAGGCUGUGUCCAAGUGGAGCAUUAUAAGAGAGCAGAAACUAUUGUCAAAUCUUGCAGGAACCUUAUUAAUGCCACCCUGGAAGGCUGCCGGAAUCUGCAACGCACGACUCUUCACAGCUUGGUGAGAAGCAACGACAAACUGGCCCACCUCAACCUUACAGGGCUCACUGCAGUGACGAAUACGACUUGCAAGCUCAUCGCACAGUCCUGUCCGUCUCUGGAACUUCUCAACGUCUCCUGGUGCAAGCACAUGGACGCUGAAGGCAUCAGGAUAGUGGUGGAAGCCUGUCCCAAGCUGAAGGACCUGCGAGCCGGUGAGGUCAAGGGUUUCGACGACUCAAGUGUUGCGUCGGCCAUCUUCAAGACGAACAGAUUAGAGCGGCUGAUCUUGAGUGGAUGCAACGAUCUUGACGACGUGAGCCUCCAGAUCAUGGUCCAUGGGACCAACCCCCCGAUCGACAUCUUGACAGACCGACCAAUUGUUCCUCCUCGGAAGCUUCGCCAUCUCGACCUCAGCCGAUGCAAAGCCUUGACCUCGCGUGGUGUGCAGGCGCUCGGCCACUACGUCCCAGAUCUUGAGGGGCUGUCAGUCGCCCACUGCGCUAGCCUGACCGAUGCGGCCAUCGAGCCAGUACUGGCCACUACUCCUCGACUGACACACUUGGAUCUGGAAGACUGCCGAGGUAUCACCAACCACUUGCUGUCUGAGCAUCUGGCCAAGUCUCCCUGCGCAGCAAACCUCGAGCACCUCUGCAUCAGCUCCUGCGAGAACCUGGGCGACACCGGCAUGCUUCCUGUGAUCCGCAACUGCAAGCGCUUGCAGUCGGCGUACCUCGAUAACACCCGAGUCUCCGAUCUGGUCCUCGCCGAGGCGGCGUCCAUGGUCCGCAGGCGCUCCAAGAGGACAAACGACCGCACACAGCGGCCGCAGGUCGGCCUCAGCAUGGUCGUCUACGACUGCCAGCACGUCACCUGGACUGGGGUGCGGGAGGUGCUCUGCCGCAACGCGGAGAUCAAGAACCCGCUCAACGAGGACGGCGAGAGGCACCAGACCUACCCGACCGAGAUCAUCGCCCUCAAGGCCUUCUACGGGUGGCAGAUGACCAUCGACGAGCAGACGAAGCGCGUCCUGCGCGGGGACCUGGCGGCCGCGAACAGGCUCGAGCGCAAGUGGGCCGAGUACAUGCAGGCGAACGAGGAGGCCGGCGUCAUGGGUGCCGGCGGCAGGAGGAGGCGGAGGCGGGCGAGGGAGGCUCAGAUGGCGCAUGACGAGGAGGAGGGCGGUGUGGGUGUUGGCGGCCCUGGCGGUGGAAGGAGGAGGGCAAGGACGGCGGCUUGUGUAGUGAUGUGA